CACAGUUCACUACUGCCACUCUAGUGUACGCUGUUACGUGUUGGUUGUUGGGUGUGUAUUGUAGCGUCAAAGACUAGUCAUAUUAAUUUUACUGUCGAGAGUACUCUGGAUCUUUAAGAACUAAAUAACGUUAAUAUUUAAAUUGUUGUGGUACAAUUGACCAGCACAGAGUGCCACAUUACCGUAGCUCCUGAAGGAAAAGUCUUAGUGUAGCUUGUGUUUACAUAGUCCUUCAAAGGUCUAUUCGUAUGAGAACCUCCGCGAAUGACCAGCAAGGGAGUUCAAGAAGAGAUUUAAUUUUAUCACGUGGACAGGAAGCGGCCAUACCAAACAUGAAGUACAAGUUCUGAUAAGUUUGGUGGUAGCAGUCCGUCGGACAGCCAGCGAUCAAGUGAGAAGGAUGUUUUCAUGGGAGUCGGCAUGGCGCCUCUUCUUGUGGGCGUGGGUGACGGUCCCCUCAGCCCACUCCUUGGGAUGUGGACAGUGCGAGAGGGGAACCAACGGGUUGACCUGCCCAGGCAGCCUCAGUCCUGAUCGGUACUUCGUCGAGCUCAUAGAUAUUCGCGAAUCGCCGAGGAGUAUGUUUCAUCUGCAGUGCAAAUAUGACGUCCAGUCAGUAGAUUUCUCUUACAUUUCUGAUUGUGACUUCUCCACCGUCAAGUAUGUUGAGUUCUACCGGUGCCCUACGCCUAAUGUUUCCUUCAGUGAAACGUUCAGAGAGAUAGGAAUAACUCCGGAGAAUGUGACCACCUUUGCCUUCGUGAAUAUAGGGCAGAGACAUAAUGAAAAGCUGCAGGAUUGGCAUCUGGAAGGGUUAACAAAUCUAAAGAUCCUGGAAUUUAAGGACAACGGUUUCACGUCCAUACCUGCACAUAUCUUUGACAGUACCCCGAAGUUGUGGCAUUUAAUGCUCACUGAAAAUCGAAUAGAAACCCUCCCGGAGUCACUCUUUCGGAACACAAGGAACUUAACCAAGCUAGAGCUACAAAACAAUGGAAUUUCUAGUCUGCCAAUUGGCCUGUUUUCCGGACUGACCAAUCUUAGAAACAUCAGUUUGUGGGAAAACAGAAUAAGUCAGUUGCACCCUGAGUUGCUGUCAGACUCUCCAAAGUUAUGGUCUUUAGAACUCACACACAAUGAUAUAUUAGAACUUGAUCCAGAUGUCUUUUCAGGCCUGAAAGAGAUCAGAAAAAUUCACAUGUCAAAUAACCAUUUAGGUGCCUUUCCCGAGACAGUCUUUCAUGGGUGCCCUAAUCUAGAAGUCCUGGAAUUCGAAAACAAUAGAAUAACUGAUCUACCAGAAAACAUUUUCAAAGAGACUGUAAACCUAAAGAGACUGAACAUGGGUAGCAACGGGUUAACCCGGUUGCCUGAAAAACUAUUCAGCAACCUGAAAAAUUUAGAAAAUUUAAAGUUAAAGAGAAAUGGGAUCAAGUCCCUUUCCCCAGGAUUAUUUGAAGGCUUAGAAAAGCUACAGGUAUUGGACCUUCAAUCCAACGUUUUGGAAGACUUGCCAUUAGGCAUCUUUGAUGAUCUAGUUUCUGUUGACUUGUUGAUCCUGCAAAACAACUCCCUGAGUGAAUUGCCAGAUGAAAUAUUCUCAAACUGCAAGUCUCUUACAGAGCUUUACCUGAGCUACAACAGAUUGAACACGCUUCUUCCAACUAUGUUCCCGAACUCUACCCUAAUGACCUCACUAGAUCUCAGCAACAACAAUCUUUCUUUCUCCUAUUCUAGAAUAGAACAGUCACGUGAUAACAAGACUAUCACGGUGCAAGAAUAUUUCCCACUGGCUCACUUGACAGGGUUAAAAAAUCUCCAUUUGAAAAACAACCAGAUCACUGAGAUGCCCUUAGGACUAAACACAGAAUUUGAGAGACUGGGAGUUCUUGAUCUUAACAACAAUAGUAUAAGUUACUUAGAUCACAAUGACUUAACCUUCAAAUCUAACAGGUUGCAAAUUGACCUCAGAAGAAACCGCAUUAGUGUCAUCAAUUUGAACCACAUGAAUUUUUCCUCUGAUGGAGAGAAGGAAAUUUCAAUAUACGUUGCAGAAAAUCCUCUUAUUUGUAACUGUGAACUCUAUAAGUUUACAAUGCUGGCACAGGGAAAGCUGGGAGAUGACACUGUGGUGACCGUUCAGGAUGACAAAUUUGUCACCUGCUCAAAUCCUGAGCGCUUCAAUGAAAAGUCGUAUGUUACAUCCAUCGAUGAAACUUCUCUGACCUGCAGAUUACAAACAUGUGUCGACAACUGUACAUGUAUGACACGUACACAUGACAACAUGUUCUUCGUUGACUGUUCUUACCAAGGACUCAAAAACGUGCCUUCCCUGAAGAAAGAACAUAUACCAAAAGAUUAUGACUAUGAAAUCACAUUGAUUUUAAGAAACAACAGCAUUACCUCCUUGGAUGGACUUGGAAGCAGAGGGUACACAAGUCUUGUCAAUUUGACCAUCCCAAACAAUAAGCUGAGCGUUAUUAAUGAGACCUUUCUGCCACUAAAGCUGAAGGUGCUCAAUGUGCGAGGGAAUAACAUCUCAUUCCUGACAACGUCUAUGAUGGAAUUCCUCAAUUUGACCGAUGUACAGUUGAGUAUUGGCAAUAAUCCCUGGAAGUGCGACUGUAACACUGCAAAAUUACACAAAUUCUUGCGGGAUCCUGAUCGAAAGAUUUUAGACAUCCAUGAUGUGAGUUGUGCUAACAUUCCGAACAAGGUCCUCAUCAGCUUGUCCGACGGUGAUCUGUGCCCUCUCAUACAGCAGCCGUUCGUCAUCGCCAGCAUAACAGCUGUUAGUGUUUGCCUGCUGGUGGUUGCCAUACUUGGAACUGUGAGUUUCUAUACAUACAGACAAGAUAUAAAGGUUUGGCUGUUUACUCAUCGACUGUGUCUGUGGGCUGUGGCUGAAGAAGAAAAGGAUGCUGAUAAGAAAUAUGAUGCCUUCAUUAGUUAUUCCAGUAAAGACGAAGAAUUUGUCAACAACAUUUUAGUUCCUGGUCUUGAAAAUGAAGACCCCAAAUACAAGCUCUGCCUUCACUACAGAGACUGGAUCCCAGGAGAAUACAUCCAAAAUCAGAUACAUCACAGCGUGGAGGAGAGUCACAGGACAAUUGUUGUCCUCUCACGUAAUUUUAUUGAAAAUGUUUGGGGCCAGUUUGAAUUCAAAGCUGCCCAUUCCAAAGCUCUCAAAGACAAAACAAACAGAGUCAUUGUGAUUGUACUAGGAGAGGUACCUCCUCAAGAUGAAUUAGAUGAAGAAUUGAGAUUGUACCUUACCACAAGGACUUACCUACUGAAGACUGACCCCAAGUUCUGGGAGAAGUUAAGAUAUGCAAUGCCGCAUCCUCUACAUCUUCUCACAAAGAAAAAUAAGAAAAAAGAAAAGCAGGGAGAAAAAUUUGAACUAGCCUAAGCCAAUACUAAACAAGAAUGUUAGAUGGUAUAAAGGUGUAAUGGUACACUUCCAGUGUUAUCAUGCUGCUGGAAAUGAUUGAGUGUGGACUACUUGUGAUAUAAACAACUUGAAAAUCUCAGGGUUGGUGUUUGUUUUUAGUGUAGCAUCAUGGAGCAACAGAGUAUUCCAAGUUUGUAAUCAGAACCAUGGAGUUAUGACUACUGGAAUAAGUGAAACUGUAUACUGGAAACAGUAGUGUCUGUAGAAAAAUUUGACAAAAGGAUAGCCACAACUUGACAAAGUACAGUACACUUACAGUGUGUCAUUGUGUAUAUGGUGCUUAUUCUGGAUACUAUAACAUUAUUGAAGGUUAAUGUGAAGUACAGUUACAGGCUUAAUGUGUCCAUCAAACUUUAUAUUGUUGUAUAUAUACUGUGUAUGGAAGCUUGUUUCAAGUGUGUAUAUAAUGUAAAAAUACAUAAGGAAAAAUAAACCAGGUUGUGUUCAGCAAAUGUCCACUAAUGUUAUUAGAUUAUAUAUUAGGAUAUUGAGCAAAUUCUAGUUUCUCUGAAUACAGACGCAUGUGUGGUUAAUGAGAUUUGCUGUACUGCCAUAUCCACCAAUGAAAAGUACUUGCUCAAAUUCAGUUCAAAUGAAGUGUAGAAAAUAGCAGUAAGCACCUCUCAAAUCCCCAAAUAAACAAGCAUAUUAAGUCUUAAACAAAAUUUACCAGUUUCUAUACCUAGUGUUUUAGCACCUGCAUCUGCAUAUCACCUUAUCCAAAUCAGAGUACGUAUAUAGUAUUCUUCAAGUGAGUACGUAUAUAGUAUUCUUCAAGUAUUUCUAGACCAGUGGAAUAACGGCAGCAUUGACAUCAACUACAAUGAACAUUACAGUUGUCUGGCAGCCUCUAUGUAUCGUUGCAUAGUUACCUGCAACCAAAUGAUUGCAUCAAUUGUCUCCUUGAAUGUUCUCUCCACGAAGUAGGAAAGUCUGAGAGCACUUUACAGUAGUAAUCUUGGCUUCAAAUAAGAGAAAAAGUGGAAGUAGUUACCUAUUUGUUGGUUUUAAUGUGAAGGUAAAAAUAGAACUAUAAUCCCAACAUAAACUCCAGCCACAUUUUGUUUGUGGUGUUUUUGCGUUGCAUGGAACUGGUGGUUAUUCAGCAAUGGGACAAACGGCUUUACGUGACUUCCGAACCACGUCAAGAGUGAACUUCUAUCACCAGAAAUACACAUCUCUGACCCCUCAAUGGAAUGUCCGAGAAUCGAACUUGCGGCCACUGCGGUGGCAGGUCAAGACCAUACAGAUCACACCACUGAGGCGCUCCAGCCAAAUUUAUGUAAUACAGUACGUACGUAUAGGCAAUGUCAAGGAAGUCAUUGUUAAGGCAAUGCAAUAGGAUAGUGUCAGGAAUAAAUUGCCUUCUGACUUCGGUGCUUGGUCUUUGGUUGUAAUUACCAAAAAUCCUGCAGAACAGUGGAUUGAUAUUACAGCGACUGUUGAAGCAUUGUAUAAUAAGUAACCUUUAGCCAAAAUAGCCAAAGGCUCCAAUUUGAAAUGUAUAUAUUACAAAGUGCAUUGUGAAGUAGUGGAAAAUAAUUAUAAUGCAAUAGAAGACUUACAGGACAAUUAAGGCAUGUAGUGCGAAAGUGGUCUAACCCUCAAAAAUGGCAGUUUGGAGUUACAGGUGGGAAUGUAUUGACUGAAGAUUAAAAAACCUUGUAUUGACGUUGUUACAGGCAAAAGUGAACAUCCUGCACAGUUUCCAAAGUUCUAAAGUGGCAUUUUUUAGGUCCAACACGAAGUGCAGACUAACUUUAGAUUGGGCGCGAAAGUAUUAUAACCUUGGAGGGUGCUGCGGUUUGCUGCAACCAGUGGUCAAUUGGAGCGCACCUAUAGUGUUGUCUGCCAUGCCGCCUGACUUUUUCUCACAGACUUUAAACUAUAGUAGACAAGCAUUUUCAUUCUCUUUUUUUGCUCUUUCUGUUUCUAUUUUUAUCCAUUUCACUCUGUCACUAUUUAACCUUUUAUCUUUUUUUUUAUUUCUGUUUUUCCUUUCUUCCUGAUUUCUUUCAAUUUUUCAUUUUUCUCUCUUACUACUGAUCUGAGUCGGGGGUGUCGCCAAGGUACAAGUGUGGAUGUUAAUACAUAAUUUAAAGCAAUAUUUUUUAAGGCUCAACAAUGAUAAGAAUUUUUAAUUCAAAAAUUUUUGUAUAAAAUAAGGAAUUAGGCACAGCAACAUAAUUUUUUAUACAGAACUCUUCUUAUUUCAUAUAAUCUUUAAAAAUGAACCUAAAACCAUGACUAUCUGGGGGGGAAAAAAAUAUAGGGGUGGGUGGGUAAAUAAAAAAUUUGACUGUAAACCACCCCCCAAAAAAUUUUUUUUUUUUAAUUCAUUGAAAACUUAAUGGCAUGAAGGAUCUAGCCUAGAUUUCAUUUGAUGUAUAAUAGUAAUACAUUGCACCACUUUAUUCGGUAGUAAUCAGUUAUUAACUUUGAACACUAAUUGCUCAAGACUAAUGUCGGGCAGGUUAACCACUUUUGCACAAGCCUCAAUUGUCUCCAGGAAAUCUGCAGAUUUAUUGGAAAAACGACCAAUAUAUAGUAACUUUGGAACACUAAGUAAUGCUAAGUAAGCAAGAUAUGCUAGUUUGUGCCAUAAACUACGUAUAGUGUUAGCAUCUGAAAAGUGAAAUAUAUGGUAGUUAGGAUACACCAACAUCUGUCCUGAACUAUAGCUUUCAAUGACAGCCUGAUCUUCUCUGGGAACUUAAGUCUAAGAUUUCUGGCACUGACACCCUGAAGACUGUUAGAUAUGAGUGGAGGCUUCCCAUCCUGCAGUUAUCUGCUCUUCAAAUAUAUGCUACCAUCUCCUUAGCAAUUGCGUCACUUCCAGCUUGUCAUUCUAAUAGUUUAUAGUACAGCAGGACCUCGCAAAAAGGUAGAGUAUGGAUUCCAAAAUAUAAUGGCACACCUUUGUGAAAAUUUCAGUGUUCCAGUCUAAACCACAGGACAUUCAUUAUCUGCUCUAAAAUAAAGUGAUUACCACAUGUAAGCAAUAACAAAUUUGUAUAUUCAUUCAAAAUUAAAGUGAGAACAUCUUGCCAAAAGUACCAAUUAGUACAUUGUAUUAUAGAAUGUGUUAUGAAGUGUACAGAUACAUUCUUUCAAUAAAUCAUUUACUGGUAUACUAUUUAAAAACUUUGGUUAUAAAACAUCCAUUCUCACAGAAAUUGUAUUGAUACAUGUAAAAUAUAACAUCUGCUUUGUAAGUUGGCAAAAACUCAAAUUUUUUUAAUUUUAAGAAAACUAAUCAGUCAAUAUAAAAGCUUGAUCUCUCCAAGUAACUAUAUUUAUCAUUGUAUGUUUGUA